AUGUACGGAUAUGCCCAGCUCACAGUCAUUCAGGUACUUACCCACCUCGACACCACCUACGGCACUGUUGACGCCUUCGACCUUGCGCACAACUUGAAAAGGAUGAAUGCAACUUGGAGCCCCUCUCAACCCAUCGAAGAUCUCUGGAAUCAGAUCAAGGAUGCCCAGAAAUUUGCAGCCGACCAUGAUCCAAUCACAGAUCAAUACGCAGUCCGCUCUGCCCUUGAAAACCUUGAGAACAGUGGAAUGUUCACGGAUUCCCUCCGCGAUUGGCGAAAGCCCACCAUCGCAGCACAGCAAUCAUUUGCAACCAUGGAAACCCACUUCACCGCGGCUGACAAAGAAAGACGCAGAAUCCUUACUUCCAAAGGAAUGGGAUACGCUAACAAAGCUACCGAGGCUAAAAGCAACAAGGACUCCCCCGCCAGCACCAAAGGAGACAAAAACGGCGUCCCCAUGUACUACUGCUGGUCGCACGGAUUAGGACCAAACGGCAACCACACCAGCGCGAGCUGCUCCAAGCCAGUCACAGGACACCGCAAAGAUUCUACUGCGGAUAACAUGCUAGGUGGGUGCUGUCAGAUCCAUCGCAAGGCCGGAGAAAGGGCCAUCUACCGACGCCCACAGAGGCCCAAUCGCGACAAUGACGAAAAUCAGCCACCUGCUGACCCAGCUCAAGGAUGA